AUGUUGUUACUGUUAGCCAUUAUCCAGCUGAUAGCAAUAUCAGCAGUUAGUGCUGCCAUUUACGACGUUACCAAAUAUGGUGCCGAUCAUACUGGAAAAGUUCCAAGUACUGACCCCAUAGCAAGAGCCAUCAACGAUGCGGAAAGCCAUGGAGAAGGUAUCGUCCAUUUUCCGCCAGGAGAAUAUGUGACAGGGCCAAUCGAGCUGAAAUCCAACAUCAUACUAGACAUCCCAGAAGGUACGACUAUCACCUUCCUCGACGAUCCAGCGUUGUAUCCUCCACUAGAUGUUUCAUUACCUGAUGGUAAGCGAAGGAAAGUAGAUUUUACUCCACUAAUAAGAGGUUUUGGGCUGAAUAACGUAACGAUCAGAGGAAAUGGUGUCAUUGAAGGGAAUGGCGAGAUUUGGUGGGAUAGACUUCCUCCACCAGCAACUAGGCCAAUAGUCAUCUACUUUUACGACUGUCAGAACAUCACUUUGAAGAAUAUCACCGUCCGGAACAGUCCUAUGUUCAACGUGAAUAUCGGUUGGUCGGACUAUAUCGUCAUCGAUGGCAUUACGAUCCGCAAUCCUGAGUCGUAUCAUGGAUCAGGUCCCAACACCGAUGGAAUCAAUCUUUAUUCAGUUACUAAAGUGCACGUAAUGAAUGUAGACGUCGCUACUGGAGACGAUUGUUUAGUACUCGACGCCUGGGGAUAUAACAAGGAUCGAGUUCCCACACAUGAUGUUCUGAUAGAAAACAGUUACAUGUCAAUUGGUCAUAGUGGAGUGGGUAUUGGUAGCAUUACAGCAGGUGGGAUCAGGAACGUCACUAUAAGGAACUGCGUGUUUGACUCCGUGUGCAGAGGAGUGGACAUCAGGUCUAACAAUGAAAGAGGAGGCGUGGUUGAAGAUAUACUUUAUCAAAACCUCACCAUGAGAAACUGCACGUGGGAAGGCAUUUCAAUUAAUUUAAUCAAAGAUUACAACGACAAGGGAAGGCAGCCCAUUGGGGAUCAAACACCGUUUGUACGUAACAUCAGAUACGAAAAUAUCCGUGGCGAUGCAGAACGUGAGGCAAUCUACUUCUACGGUCUUCCAGAAGCUCCGAUUAAAAAUGUCGUCCUCGAAAACGUUGACAUGCGUUCCAAGAAGCCGGAACCCAUACUGUUGAGAAAUACCAAGAACAUUGUUAUCAACGGAAAUAGGUACUAAAAUAAUCUAUGUAUAUAUUCAUCUAAUAAACUAAUUCUCCUUUUAUUCAGUGUCA